ACAAAGCCACCACUAGCACCAAAACCAAAGAUUAUUGGUCAUCUUUCUCCAGUAGCUGUCUCCAAAUUUUCUCCUUCACUGCCAAGGGCGGAUAUUCUUCAGAACCCAAACUCUAUGUCUAGGGGUCCCAAACCACCUAUUGCUCCCAAGCCAAAAUUCUCAGCUGACAUUGAGGGCAAAUCCAGUGUUUAUACCAACAAUAGCUUAAAUAAAUGCUCCAACGGGAAACUAGCAUGUUCUGAUGGACAGCUGUAUGAAGGAAAACAAUGCAAUGCUUAUUGCCCAGAAUCUGAGGCAAGUAAUGAAUACAGUGUAGUUCCUGAAGCUCAGCUGACCAGUAGAGACUGUAAUGACUUGGAACAUGAGCAUGAUCAGAACUCAGACUCUGUGGAAAAUGAAGUCUCAGAGACUCCAGAAGAGGUAAAGACGGAAGAAGAUAACAUCGCUAAUGAUGAGGAUGCCAGUAAUGGAGAAGUUACCAACAGUGAGCACUGUAACUCUUCAGAUAUUGAUGAACCAAUGGAACCAGACUCUGAAGAGUCAACCAGAGACUUUGUCCAGUCUGAAGCACUUUGUGAGGAGUCCUCAGAUGCCCCUAAUGGGGAUAAUGAUGCUUCCAAGAAUGCAGAUGAAGCUGAGGAUGUUGUAGGUGAUUAUAGUGAAACCAAAAACAAGGAGGAAGCUUCUAACAACCUGGAACUUGUUAAUGAGAAUAGUGAUUGUAAGACUGAUAGUGAUAACAUUUUGAAUGCAGCUGAGGGACUAAUGGGUGAUAUCUGCAAAGACACCGUUGUAAUGACACUGCCCACAGAGGAAUCAGUCCCAGGCUGUGAGAAGGCAGGGCAGCAGGAGGAGGAACUGCCUGAGAGUUUAGAAAAGGGAGACGGAUGUCUAGCACACGAUGGUGACCACAGUGGGCAUGCAGAGCUUGAUUUGAAUACAGAAGGAGAGUUAGAAAAUUAUGACUGUGCAAGCCCUGACAUGCUGCCUGAAGAGGCUGGUGAAGAAACAGCUCCUGGCUUAGAACUGUGUGAAGACGAAUGCAGUGCUGAAAGUGGCUUAGGAGAGUCCACCCAUCAAACAGCAGCUGAAGAGGAGGAAGUGGACCCAGAGGAGCACAACAGUACAAACACAGGAAAUGCCAGUGGUGGCUGCCAGAUCAGUGAGAGGAGAGGUGAGGAGAAGACAUCAGAGGUAGGCUGUGAAGCAAGCAAAGACUCUGGGAAAGGGGAAGAAGAAGAAACUGUGAAUGCAAAGAGUAUGGAUGACAGCUGUCAAAAUGCUCCUUGUGAGAAUGAAUGUGGUGAGGAAAUACCUGUGGAACAUUCAGCUGAGGAUCUUCAGACAGAAAGGACCCCUCUGGAUGAAGAUGCUCUGAUCUCUGAUAGUCUACCUAGUAGUCCAGGGAUGGAACAUGUGACUGAUGAAGAGCAUAUUGAAAGUAUUGUGGAAGACUCUAAGUCAGAGGAGUUGCAACUUGAAGACAAUGAGGUGGAAGCAGACAGCCUCGGCAAAAGUGUCCCAAGUUCACCUCAACAGAUGCCACCUGAGGAAGAGUUAGAAGUCUGUAAGCAUGAAAAUCUAGCAGUCCCUGAAGUGGUUAUUGUGCCUGAAGAAACAGAGGAAAGAGAAACUAGCAGUGAUUCCCUAGAUGACCCAUAUGUGCUUCCCACAGAAAAUGAAACUGCUCGUGAUGGGCAGACUGAUUUAGGAGCUGAUCACAGUAAAAGGGGCGAAUUAGGUAUGGAUGGUGAAAACAACUUGCUGCCCAUUGAUCGUAAAAACAUUGUCACUAGAACACGGUCGCUCUCUGGGAAAAUGCCAGGCUAUGUCCCAGAAACAGUUCCAGAAGAAACUGGACCUGAAACUGAUUUACCAUCUUCCCACAAUGGCUCUGGAACAGAAGAUUUAGGCAAUAAUUUAUUUUCAGUGGAAGGAAAACCUAUGGAAGACAACAGGGCAUUACCAACCAAGUCAAGACGUUUCAUUUUGUAUCCUCGAUCUUAUUCUGUUGAAGGGAGAGAGAUGCCUGUCUCUGUUUACAGGGAGAGUGAUGGUUGUGUACUGGAUGAUGGUAGAAUAAAAAGGACAGAAGACAAAUUAUCUUUGCCUUGUGUCAAUGGUUCCUCAGGUAGUUUUUUCCAGAGAAAUCAUCUUUCAUCAUGUGGCUUAUCUACUCCGUCCUCAGCUGUUGAUAUACCACCUCCUUUUGAACUUGCCUACAUCACCAAAAAGCCAAUCACUAAAAGUUCCCCAUCACUUUUGCUAGAGAAUGACUCACCUGAUAAGUAUUCUAAGAAAAAGAAAUCUUCCUUUAAGAGGUUCCUCACUUUAAAGUUCAAGAAGAAAACAGAAAGUAAAGUCCAUGUAGAUGUUAAUGUUUCCUCUUCAAGGUCCUCAUCAGAGUCCAGCUAUCACGGACCUCCAAGGCUGGUGGAGCUGGACCGGAGGAGCCUAAGUAGCUCACCUCAACUAAAAUCACACGUAGGGAAGCUCCGUGCAUCUGAGUCUCCCUCGGCUGUUCUUUUCUAUAAGGAUGGUAAAAGAAAAGGAACACCAAAGUCCUUCAUUCCUCCUCGAAGAUCCACCAGAGCAGGAACUUUUACUGAGUUUUUUGAAGAUCCCAGCAGGGCAUUAUCUGCUGCUAAUGAGAAUGACGGCUAUGUGGAUAUGAGCAGCUUCACUGGCUUUGAGAACAAGCAGCAAGCCACAGACCAGGAAACAGAAAG